AUGACCUCUUUUCAAAUAGGAAAUGACUGGGACUCCUUUCCCGUGGAUCUUCAUCUUCAUAUCAUUUCCCAAUUUGAAGUUUCCCAGCCAAUUGGGACCGCCUACAUCACUCGACUAGAAGAUUCGAAGGGCAUCUUGGAGCCUCCCUUACGAGAAUCGCAUUUGCAACAGCCCAUUUCAUCUCAUGUGGGACAAACACAAUCCAGGAUAGCAGAAGUCGAUGCUCCGACUGAAGCAGAACCAGCAGGAGCUGCUGCAGAUUCCAAAUCCCCGGGCGUUUAUAUUCGCUUCUAUUCCACAAAGAUGUGCAGGAUCGGGCGUCUUUUGAAUACACCAGGACCUCUCAAAACCUCGGCGAUUAAAUUGACCCUUACAGCUCAAAGUGAAGUUGAUAUUGGUCGGAGGAGUCGUUUUCGCCGGUCUUCAGCAUCCACAAGUUGGAAUCGAAUACCAGAUAGCAAUUCCGCACCGGCUACUGAAUAG